CACUCGCUGGUUCUGACGUCGACGCCUACGUCCUCUCACCCCCCUAGAGGCGCAAGGCGCGUAACCCGGAAGUGGUCGGUGGGUCGGGGCCGGAGCGGCAUAGAGCGAGGGGGUUGACGAUGCCUCUCCCGGUGCAAGUGUUCAGCCUGCAGGGUGCUGUGGAGCCCAUGCAGAUUGAUGCUGACCCGCAAGAUGACCAGCAGAAUGUGCCUGACAUCAACUAUGUGGUGGAGAAUCCAACUCUGGAUCUUGAGCAGUACGCCACCAGUUACAGCGGUCUCAUGCGCAUCGAGAGGUUGCAGUUUAUUGCUGACCGGUGUCCUCAGCUGCGUGUUGAGGCCCUGAAGAUGGCCCUGUCUUUCGUGCAGCGGACUUUCAAUGUAGACGUUUACGAAGAGAUUCAUCGCAAAUUGUCAGAGGCCGUCAGGUAUGGGAGAGAAGUACAGAAUGCACCCGAUGCUUUGCCUGAGGGCUCCCUGGACCCUCCUCCUCUGGACACAGCCUGGGUGGAGGCCACUCGCAAAAAAGCACUUCUGAAAUUAGAGAAACUGGAUACAGACCUGAAGAAUUACAAAGGGAAUUCCAUUAAAGAAAGUAUAAGGAGGGGUCAUGAUGAUUUGGGAGAUCAUUAUCUGGACUGUGGAGAUCUUAGCAAUGCUCUAAAAUGCUACUCUCGAGCCCGGGACUACUGCACUAGCGCUAAACACGUCAUCAACAUGUGUUUGAAUGUUAUCAAGGUCAGUGUCUACCUCCAGAACUGGUCUCACGUUCUCAGCUAUGUCAGUAAAGCAGAAUCAACGCCUGAAAUUGCAGAGCAACGAGGAGAGAGAGAUAGCCAGACUCUGUCAGUGCUUACGAAGCUAAAGUGUGCGGCAGGUCUGGCAGAAUUAGCUGCAAGGAAAUACAAACAGGCAGCGAAAUGCUUCUUGCUGGCAUCAUUUGACCACUGUGACUUUCCAGAGCUGCUUUCCUCCAAUAAUGUCGCUGUAUAUGGGGGACUUUGUGCGCUGGCCACUUUUGAUCGGCAAGAGCUUCAGAAAAACGUCAUCUCAAGCAGUUCUUUCAAGCUGUUUCUGGAGUUGGAGCCUCAAGUCCGCGAUAUCAUCUUCAAGUUCUACGAGUCAAAGUACGCCUCCUGUCUAAAGAUGUUGGACGAGAUGAAGGAUAAUCUUCUUCUGGACAUGUACUUGGCUCCCCACGUCCGAACCCUUUAUGCUCAAAUCAGAAACCGAGCUCUUAUACAGUACUUUAGCCCUUACGUGUCUGCGGACAUGUACAAAAUGUCAAUUUCCUUUAACACAACCGUCCCCGCCCUCGAGGACGAGCUGACGCAGCUGAUUCUGGAAGGGUUAAUUAACGCCCGCAUCGAUUCUCACAGCAAGAUCUUAUAUGCCCGAGAUGUUGACCAGCGCAGCACUACAUUUGAGAAAUCAUUACAGAUGGGCAGGGAGUUUCAGAGGCGAGCCAAAGCGAUGAUCUUGCGAGCUGCUGUUCUACGUAAUCAGAUCCACGUUAAGUCCCCUCCCAGGGAAGGAAGCCAAGGAGAGCUGACCCCAGCUAACAGCCAAUCCCGGCUCAGCACCAACAUGUGAGUGAGCGCGACUGCCUUGCACUCCUGGCCACCGACACGUCGCAAGAAGCGUACGAGGGGUGGUCAGACAAUACCCCCACAGACAUGAGACACGUUCCACCCGCUUGCGUCACCUUCCCAUAGGCUGCCUCGGCUAAGCUGUCGUUAAGAACUUGUCAGGAGCUGCAUGGUUUUUCUCACCGGUUUAUUGGACGUGAUCACCUUCGCUCCGAAUUGGAGGAGUAGUGGUGCAAUGCUGAGUCUUCAUCUGGAGGUUUUCCUGAGAGCAGCGGCAUGGGGGGGCAGGCCGAAAAUUCGAUUGAGAUGUAAACGGCAGGGAACAGCCACAGCGUCAUCUCAGAAUGAAUGUUACAAAGCGCAUUCGGCAGCUUGUGUGACCCCCCCCAUCAGCCUUUGCUUCAUUUCAGUUUAUUUCUUUUCCCUUUGUUCUCUCUCCUCCCUCUUCUCUUCUCCUGUGCUUGUUGCCAUCUCCCCUCUCUACAUGCUGUCUGCUGUGCUCUGAACAUCAAACUCCCAGUGAGUGGGCCGUUCUCUAAGAUGCUGGUCCUGUUCCUUUUCUCCUUCAUGAAGACCGGAUAUACAGCUGCAUUAGGAUCCAGUCAGAAGCUCCUCUGCCAACUCAAGAAACAUUGAUAUUUAAAUGUUCCCUGUUACUUCUGGUUCCUGGUUUUCAAUUAAACGCGUUCCUGUUUUUGCGUUCU